GUCACUCAAGUGGCAGCGGAGGGAAGCAAACAGUACGGAGAACCAAGGGCCAAACGACGUCUGGGUGCAUCAGAUUGUGCCAACGCAGCGAUUGCUGGCAGUGUGGUCCCAAUUCAACGUCGAUUCGCAUUCAAUAAUAGCCCAUUCUCUUCUUCCCUUGGCUGCUCUUCACUCGGCAUCGAAUAUAUAGGCAGGGCCGUGGACACUUGUGCGCGAGUCGAAACAUCCAAGCUGGCGACGGCUGUGUCAGUUGACGCCUGGACUCUUGAUAUUCAGGGUAUUGCAUAACAAGACCACCGACCAGCAAAUCUAGCGGCCUCCUUCGAAUUCCAUCGGGAGCUGUCAAAACCUCAACAAUCCCCCUCACUGCAAGACGAACUCUACCUGCUCCUCCCACAACAUCUCCCUGGCAGCUACCCCUUACCACCUCUCUACCACCUCCGCCAAAUCCUAUGACCUCUGUCUCACCUGCCCUUCCCCUGCGAAUACCGCCAUUCUCCCUCUCUCACUCGAACCAUCUGCUCACGCCAUUGUACACAGCUCCGAAGAUCCUGAAGAUCACCUACGUAGCCCCGGCCAAACGUCGGUAGCCGAUCAUCAGCCGCCCACCGAACCUCUGUUCUGCCUGUGACAAGAGCACUCCUACCUAUUACACAAGCGCGGUCUGGGUACAAACGUUGAGGCCACAAGAGUUCGCUUUUGCAAAAGACCGAGGAAAAUCGAGUAGAACAGGUGGACUGGCCCGAUCUGGGAGACUACAGCCAUCAUGAGAAAACCGUGCAUUCCAGAGUUGAUCUACCAGAGGACGUUUCCCAAACCGAAGCAAGGCGAUCCAGUCUCCUUUCACGCUCAUAUCCAACGUCAUAUCGUGGGCGAGAUCCGGGUCGAAGUACAGAACUUCUAUGGGGCCCUCGACACGCUGGAAGCACAAUACCCUGGCCUCGACUACACGUUCACUCCUCACCGCCGUCGACUAUCAAGAUAUCCUUGGCAUAGACGUCUUUUCCGCGUCUUCGACGAACUGGGGCUGACUGAUGACGAAAUUCUGGGUUUGUGUCACUGGGAAGGUACAAGAGCGGCCAAGGAAAGAUACGAACGUGAAGCGGGGGUCGAGGUCAGAACUACCACAGCCGACGAUGUCGUUGCAGCGCUGCCCGGAAAUGGUCCCAGAGCAGUCUUUGAAGAUCUGUCCCGGCCAGCCUCUGUCGACCGAGCAUCCUCGACCAGCGAGACCCUGGUAGCAACCCCGGAGAAAGAAGAAUGCAAAGCCAAGGAUGUGGACACUCCCUCGUCAGCAGCAGAAGAGGAGUUCAUCGCCUUACUGCGCGAUACUAUGCAGUCCCGUCUACGGGGGGAUCCUUCAGCUAUGAACCUUGCAUGGGAACAGUGGCUCAAGGACACCUUGGAGCGGCACGACGAUAUUGACAUUAACGUGGUCAUGGCCGCCAUUCGAAGACUGGACCCGCAAACACUGAGAGCUAUUCGACAAGCUGGAGAGGCCAACGAAACCAUGUCACGGUCCUCGACCCUCCAAUCCCAUGCAGAAUCAUACCACGAACCCAAUCACCUCGACCGGGUCGAGACCGACAGCACCCAUAUGCCCUCUGAUAGUGCAUCCCUAUCAAUCUUCGCACGGAGAUCUCAAACAGAGGCAGCCAGGUGAAGCCAUGCUUCUUUAAUGAAUUUCUUCCACUUUUCUCGUUGUCGUUCCAGGAGGGACCAAGAUUCAGUGGGAGUUCGAUGUCAUUGUGGCCGGUUUUCUUUUUGCCUCUCUGCGUGGUUGUCCAAAAGUACGGCUGAAUAUGCUUUGACACUAAGAUUUUGUGGCAAGACACAAUAACUUGUCUAUGUCCUUAGAGCGAGGCGUUUUUGAUGGAUUCUGACUACCGGACUGGCUUUCCACGACGUCGCCGGCGUUUGGCGAAUCCAACCAACAUCAUUUCAUCUCUGAUCAUGCAGGUUCAAGUGCUUGAGGGCUCGUAUGGAAGUCGAACUUGUUGAGCAAGUAUGGGAUCAUGGGUUGUGGAAUCAUUCAACAAGAAGAACUAAGGGCAAACGUAUGGUACGGGUAUGAAUUUAAUCUAUGGGGCGAGGAAGAUCACCGAAGCUGAACAGACAGAGUUUAUCGACAAGAAAGCAAAAGCGGGUAUUGAUUUUUGCUCUACAGAGAAUCAUAUAUCUUGACACAA